AUGGCUCCUCCGCUGCAGGAUACCGGGGUGGGGGCUGUAGGGGGAGAGAAAAAGGCGAACGGGAGCGAAAUCUGUUCCCGCCGUUUUUUCACGUGGGAAGAAAUCGGUCUGCGCACGGGACGGAUUCAGCCUCAUCUUCAGGAAAAGUGGCUUGUGAUUGACAGGAAGGUCUACGACAUCAGCAGCUUCUACAAGCGGCACCCGGGGGGCCAAAGGGUGAUUUCCCACUACGCUGGGCAGGAUGCCACGGAUGCAUUCACAGCAUUUCACUUGAGUAAGGCUCAACCAAACAAGUAUUUGAAUUCCUUGCUGAUAGGAGAACUGGCACAUGAUCAACCAAGUUGUGAACCCAGUAAAAAUCAAUUGCUUAUUAAUGACUUCCGGGAACUGCGAUCAACUGUUGAGAAAAUGGGACUUCUGACACCAAGUCUCCUGUUUUUCAGUCUGAUUUUUCUUCAUAUUUUAUUCUUUGAUAUCUCUGCUUGGUUGAUAAUCUGGUAUUUUGGCACAUCUUCAAUACCAUUCUACACAGGUGUUGCAUUUUUUACUAUUGCUCAGACCCAAUUGUCUUGGCUCCAACAUGAUUUGGGUCAUCUGUCAGUCUUUAAAACAUCCAAGGGAAACCAUAUUGCCCAUAGGAUCAUCUUGAGUCUCCUGAAAGGAUUUCCAGCCAAAUGGUGGAAUGCUUUGCAUUUCCAGCAUCAUGCCAAACCAAACUGCUUUCGUAAAGACCCUGAUCUCAACAUGCAUCCCAUUGCAUUUGCCCUAGGGAAGAAACUAUCUAGAGAGCUUGGAUUGCAGAAAAAGAAGUUCAUGCCUUACAAUUAUCAACACAAGUACUUCUUCAUAAUUGCACCACUUUUAAUAGUUCCCUUCUUCCAGUUCUCCAUAUACCAUUCUACAAUCAAACGCAAAGAAUGGGUGGAUCUAGCCUUGAUUGUCACUUACCAGAUCAGAAUCAUCCUUGUCUACAUGCCCAUGAUGGGGUUUAAGUGUUUCAUGGCAUACUACUGGCUGUCCAGAUUUCUGGAAGCGGCUUGGUUUAUCUGGGUUUCACAAAUGAAUCACAUUCCAAUGAAUAUUGACUAUGACACAAACAUGGACUGGGUAUCUACCCAGCUCCACGCAACAUGCAAUGUGGAUCAAUCAUUUUUCAAUGACUGGUUCACCGGUCAUCUGAAUUUCCAGAUUGAACACCACCUUUUCCCCACAAUGCCUCGCCACAACUAUAAUAAAGUAGCUCCUCUUGUGAAAUCCCUCUGUGCCAAGUAUGGUAUUACCUAUCAGAGCAAGCCCCUACUUACAGCCUUUGGAGACAUUUUGCGAUCUCUUAAGGUCUCUGGAGAAACCUGGCUUGAAGCAUAUCUGCAUGGAUAAACAUUUUGAGAAUGAACUCCAUCCCAAUGAAGAUCAAGCACUAGAGGGCAGCUGGUGGACUAAAGAAGAAUGUGGGGUCUAGUGGGUAAAUAGGCUAAGUGACAGUUUUGCUGGGAUGGGAUAAUUGAUACUUUUCUUCAUUCUCUGUACAGUGUUUCCUUGGAUCUGUAUUAUGUUUGUAUUGUGGCAUUUGGGAGAUGUGCAAAAGAUGAAUUAGUACCCUUGUAUUUCACUUGUUGCUUCUAUGAGAUUGAAACUGAGCUUUCUUUUUCCUUGUUUUGGGGAAGGUUGUGUCAUAUGGGAGAGGCACAGAGUUUAGAACAGAAGGGUGAGGUAAUGAGAAGAAAGAAGAUAAAAAUACAGUUUGUGAAUAACAUGUUACUUGAAGGACAACUUGAAGUUUUAGGAUAGCUUGCAAGGUCCAGUUUCUUUUGAAAGAGCAAAAGUCUUAGUUUAAAAAAAAAACAACCCUGUUGGAUAUUUGAAGUUUGAAUCUUCAAAAUAUUGCAAAAAAAAAGAAUAUGUUUGAUUGGUUAGGGUUUUAAUGUUCUUAAGAAGGAGAAAUUGUAAAUUCCUUAAAUGUGAUCCAAACCAUGAGUUUUGGGAAGAUUGUUUUACACCCAAAUGGAAUCAACAAGACCAAAAACCUUCCAUUCUGUCAAAGUUCCAUGUCAUACCUUAACCAAAAACUGUGACCCACCUCCAUGCCAAUUUUUGAGCUUCAGCAGAAAUAGCAUAGUUGAUGCUCAGGUGAAUGCAGAUUCAAUGCCGACCCUUUAGGUUACACACUUUUAAAAGUGUACUUUAGAAGGAAGGAUGACUCUUCCACUGUAUUGUGGACCUCAGCCUCUGGAAAGUUAAGACCUGAAGUCAUGACAUUUGUCUGGCACAGGAUUAAGUGAAAUAAUUUCUUUGUUAAAUAUAUGUUGCACUAAUGUGUGAUUGAUGCUCUUCUUUGAUCCUUUAGCACAGUUCACUAAGAUGUACACCACUUCAUGUGUACCUAUUUUAUUUAUUUGUAUCUUUUAAUAUAUUUCAUGAACUGAUUU